UCAGAGACUCGGAGCUUGUUCAAUAUCUCCGACUUAUCUUCAUUCAAUAGAACUCUAGAAAGUUUUCUUUGAAUUCUUUUGGGUUCUUGCACUCGUACAUGGCGAUUAAACUGCCGCAACAGAGCUUCGUAUAUUCAAGCUCUCCAUGUCCAUGCUUUACACAAAAAACAAUUAGAAUUCAUUUUUUCUGCAAAAAGGAGGAUCUGAAGUAAGAAGUCUACCAUGCGACUUUCGCAAUCCAAGGAAGAGAUGUUGCAUGAGACAUGUCCUAUUUGGGUAUGAUAAACACAGUAAUAGUUGGAGAUUGGUGGGCUUUAGAGCACGCAAUUCAUUCUCCUAUGAAGUAAGUAGGGUUGGGCACUGUGCGUUAUUUGCAUCUGUUGAUGAUGGUGUAACAGUCAAUGGAACACCCCAAAAAAGUUCCAGCAGUGAUGUGGAGGAAAUGAGGAUCAAACUCCGUCAAUCUUUGGAAGGUGAAGAUUACAACGAUGGACUGAUUCAAUCCUUACAUGAUGCACCCAGGGUGUUUGAGUUGGCUAUCAGAGAACAGAGCUCAUUGUCGAAGAUCUUUUGGUUUUCUACUGAUUGGUUUGGUGUAGAUAGGAAUGCGUGGGUGAAAGCACUAUCUUAUCAGGCUGCUGUAUUUUCCUUAUUGCAAGCAGUGAGUGAGAUAUCAUCCAGAGGAGAAGUAAGAGACAGGGAUAUUAACAUUUUUGUUCAACGGAGUUUAUUGUGCUUAUGUGCUUCUUUGGAGAGCCUAAUUAAGGAUGAAUUUCAGCCAAGCAACCUGAAGCAUAUGACUGGUUUUGGUCUGAUCAACUUCCAAUAGUUGUGACAACUUUUGUGAACCAUUUUGAAAGGGACCCUCGUUUUACUGCAGCUACUACAGUAUGCAGGAAAGGAUUAUCUAAGGGUUCAGGCAAUGCUAGUGAUAUCUCACUUCUUAUGCUCGCGCUGACCUGCAUUGCUGCAAUCACAAAACUUGGACCAGCAAAAGUUUCUUGCUCUCAGUUUUUCUCCACAAUACCAGAUAUAACUGGUAGAUUGAUGGACAUGCUUGUUGA